AUGGGUAGAGUCGAAUCCGUUGCCCAGAAAAAGAAAACAUCAAAACCUUCCGAAAAUCACCCUGCUUCUCGGGCUGAAAUUCCUUCGACCAGUGGUAGAGUUGAAACCAUUGAUCCUGAAAUCCAAACACAGGCCCAUCUUCGCAAUGCCAUUCGACCAGACGUCAAAUGGUACCUUGCUCCCCCUAGCACAAUCACUGCUAGGAUGAUAAGCAUGCCAUCCGAAGAGAUGUUCGACAUGUAUAGUGCACCUGAUGCUCCUGCGAGCAAGAAGAAGGCAAGUAGGCAGCAUCGUGACGAAUGCAGCAAAGAGCCUCUGGCCAAGAAAACCCACACUGAGGAACCUCCAGCAGCUGGUCCUUCAAAAACUACAGCACCACCUCCUUCUCCCCUCGAGCAGCAAACUCGGCCUGCACCUCUCGAGUCGACCCCUUCCCCACCGGCUCCUGUCGAUCAGACACAGCCAGCAGCUCCUGUCCAAACAGGGGAUGACAUAUCGAGCCACACUCUAUGA